UUUAUAAUAAAAGAAAUAAACAUGGUAUAAAAUAUUUCGUGGGUAAGAACCCAAUCAAAUCAUCGAUAACGAACGGCCUAGUCUAGUCUAUGGCUAGAUUUGGGAACGGCGGCAGGUGUAUUUGCCAGAAUCGUGCAGUUCAGGCGGAGUUGUGGCCAAGAGUAUCGAUCGGUAAGUAUCUAGACAAUUUAGAGCGGAGUACAGUGCACCAAUACAGUGGGGUGUUGUUCGUGACUCAACAGCGGACCCUACGAGGUUUCUUGUACAGCUUCGCUAGUCGGCGGCGGCACAACAUCUCUACUUCGGCGAGUACCUGCAAUGGCUCUGUGGUGAGACGUUUCAAAUUAGGCAGGUGACAUUAAGACGACGGAAGACACCCACGUACAAAAAAAUUGUGGAUUUGGUGUUUUCUAGAUUGGUGUCAAUGGCUUUCGGUGAUUUCGAAGGCGGUCGUGGAUCUGCGAUAAGUUGGGUUGCGAGAUCCGACUUUCUGAUGUUUGGUUUGACUUUUUUGACUUUGAUGGUGGUUGAGAUGGGAACUGUACCAAAUGUGUUUGAUCCGGGUGGAAGACUGGCGAUAUGGGUCCCAGUUAAAGGGGUCGAGUUUGGGAUCCAAUCGGCUAUUGGGGGAUCGACGUAGUUGUUUUGGCUGCCUCAGGUGGUGGAUGAAGAAAAUGGUAUUGGAUGAUGCGUCCCCUGCCUGAACCGCCGCCAUGAAGGACAUGCGUGACUAGGAUCUGAAAGAAAACGCUUGAAGAAUGGAUUCCGUUAUUCCACCCGGUGAUGUUUGUUUAUUUUUGCUAUGCUAUGUUUGCUUAUCUUUAUUUUGUUUUUAUUAGGUCAAAUAUUAUGGGUGGUAGGUUCUUAGUUUGGUUUACCUUAGUUGCUAGAUUUCUGUUUAGAGGCAAUCAGGCUGACUCAACAGCUAAUAGCCUCAAAGCUCACACAUUUCCAGCGAUUAGUGUCGCUCUUUUUGGGGUGGACUGCUCUAUGUCUGAUAAAGAAGUGAGGGGGCCGAUGGGCUUACGGUUAUGUUUGUUCAGAAGGAGGGCAAUGUUGGAUGAUUUACUUUAUUGUUUGCAAUUCUCCUGGCUGUAAUGCGAGUUUGAUUUAAUAUAAUAUGUUGGUUUUCCUUAAAAAAACACAUUCAAA